AGACGUCCCAAGCCUCCCAAAUGUUUGACCCCGCUUUUUUGGUCCUCAAUUGUUCCGAGCCAUUUACAAGCUUGCCAGAGAUCAUCUGCUGCUCAGCUCCUUGACAAAAGCCCUAGACGGUUUCGAGACCACGACGGAUUAGCUAGUCAGGAGGAAGGAAGAGCGACUCAAAUCUGUCAUAUUGAUCUUGAUGGCUGAUGAGGAACUUGUUGACCCAAAGAAAUAUCUCGAAGAACGUUGCAAACCAAAAUGUGUGAAACGUUUGUUCGAGUACCAGGCCUGCGUUAAGAGAGUUGAAGCGGAUGAAACUGGCCACAAGCACUGCACGGGGCAGUACUUCGAUUAUUGGCAUUGCAUUGAUAAAUGUGCUGCAGAAAAGCUUUUUGAUAAGUUGAAAUGACGAAGGAUGCUGUUUUAACUGAUUUAUUAGUCUUUGUGCGACGAGCCUGAAGCUCUUGUUUUGUUUUGUUUCUUCAGAAUAAGUGCCACUUUUUCUAUCAAUUGCCACGCUGAAAUGCACGUUUUUUUGCGAUACAGUUUUCUUUUUUAAUAUAUUAGUAAUAUGACCGCAUUCUUAUGUUAUCGAGCUUUUUUACUCUCCAUGACUGUCAAUUAAUUAUUCCUUCUCUGCUUAAU